AAGUUUCGGUUUCUGUUUUCAAUUUUCAGAAAAUAUUUGUUUACUUAACGUAUGCAUAUUGAUGUCACAGAUAAUCAUUGAAUUUAAUCAAGUUUAGCUUCUCCUAUUAUCAUGUCUAAUAACAUACCUGUCUAAGUUAAUUUUAGCCAAGAUCUGAAUGUUGCUAAGACGGGAAUGUUUACUUUUCCCUAAGGCAUUCUGAUCACAUAGAAACAAUGGCAUUUUCACACGACGAUAAAAAAGGAGUAUUUGAUUUUUUUGUCAAAAUAUUAAAAAUAUUUGACGAUUUUGUUUACUACGAAAACGUCAGGGGUCAUGUAUCGAAGGCACCUGAAAACGUCAGGAAAUAUGUUCUUCAGAAGUGUAAAGGAGAAGACCUACUCGAGUAUUUUAAAAGGAGAAAAAACUAUUUUAUAGUUGAAAACAACAGAGUUGCCCUGAAAGGUAAAAAAAAAAUUCCUUCUCGUCGAGGUGAUGCAAACGCACACUCAGCGCCACCCGAUAAAGGUGAGGAACAAAAGAGCGAGGUGAUACAAUUUAAUCUGGAAUGCCCUCCCGAGUCAACUCCUCCUCCAUCGAAAGAAGAUGAAGAGAGGGAAAGGUAUGAGAAUUACAGCAUUCAAUACUUCAGGCGAUAUUUAAACAGAAACAAGAAGGUCAGGGUAGAGUGGAUUGCUUUUAACGACCUCCCAAAAAAAGUCAAAAGGUUUCUGCACAAUCAUUACAACAAAAAAGUGAGGUCAUUUUUCAUGAGCUUCCCCACCGAAUUCACCAUCGACGAGGCAGACUGCGUUUCUCUUCGGACGGUGUCUUCGGCUGUGUGCAAGCAAACUGUGGAACCAGAACAAGUCGUGAAGUCAGAAAAAUCUGAAUGCGGUGCUGCAUCGAGUGCAGAGGUCCGAAAAAUCGUGUGCCUUUUCGAGUGCAUUACGUUUUUCGUUAAGAUUUUACACCAAAAGCAGACACCCUAUGCCAUAGAUAAGUUAGGUGGAUAUCUUUCUCAAGCGCCUGCCCACGUGAAGGAUCACAUCAAGUUCGCGCACAAGACAUUUAACAAUUUUUUUAAACAUUCUCCAAAAAUAUUUCAGACCGAUGUCCCUGGGAAAGUCGCCCUCGCGCCAUCCCACGACAAGGUUUUGAGAAGUCUUAAAGAACUUCUCAAGGAGGCAUUAAGUGAUCCUCAUGAUGACUCUUUGAAAGAUGCUGUGGAUUCGCUUUUGCAAUCUGAAUCAUUUAACGGUAGAAGACCCGAGAAUAGAGAGGGAACACUUGCUUGCAAAAUGUUUGAAGAAUCAUCCCUGCUUUAUGUGAAUUCAACUGGCAGAAUCAUACCAGAAGAUAGUUUUAAUCAUAAUUGCAAUAAGCGUCAGAAAAAGGUUGAUGUAAACCAAUUUAAUAUACAACCAAAAAACACUGAUGAUAAUGUUAAUAAUGAUUCGUUUCGAAAUUUAGAUGAGUCUAAUAUGAGAUUCAAAAAUUAUGACCACGAAGCACAAAAAGAAAGUUCUUAUAAGUAUGAUAUAAAAGUGAGUAUUGCAGACAAUGAAAUGAUAAACGAAUUCUCUGAUUGUCUAAUUCAAAAUUGUUCAGUUUCUGAAGGAAAUGAGGAACCUUUAUUGCUGUCUGAAAAUUCGACAAAAAGAUUAAUUCCAGAACUGAAGAAAAUUACUGUGUGGGAAGAUAGUUUGUAUUCGAAAACCACACAAUCAAAAAAUGAAUCUCUUAAAGAAAAUGAUGCAAACGUGACAUUAAAACAUAAAACUGAUGCAUACAUUGAAAAUGUGUGGGAAGAUAAUUUGUAUUUGAAAACCACGCAAUCGAAAACUGAAUCACUCAAAGAAAAUCAUGCAAACAUGUCAUUAAAACAUAAAACUGAUACAUACAUUGAAAAUCAUGCAAACAUGUCAUUAAAACAUAAAACUGAUACAUAUAUUGAAAAUGAUGCAAACAUGACAUUAAAACACAAAACUGACGCAUACAUUAAAAAUGGAACUUACAAAAAUGAAGUGAAUGCUACCAACAAACUAGAAGAUGUUAUCAAGACUGAAGACUCAAAAGAGAGAAUCGAUGAGUAUCCAGAAGAGCAUCUUUUAAGAGAAAGCAGAGUUAACUUUGAAACUUCUGAAAAGUAUAAUGAAUCCCAGAUUACUAUAAAAAUGAACCUUACUGUGAAUUGCAAAGAAUCUGAACAAAACUUAGAGUGUACAAAAAAUACCAUCGUUUUAGAUGACAUUAUUCUAAAAUCACCGAAAGAAAUUGGCGAUGAAGGGAGUGACUCUGCAAAUAAUCGAGUGAGUCAAGAAGUAAAAAUGCUCGAUUGUGACUUCUCUGAAAGUUCAAAUGGUUUUGCUCAUAGCAUUGCACACAUAUCAAUCAAAGAAAUUGAUAAGCUUUUGCAAAAUGAUGAAUUUAACAUUGCUAAACUUGACAAUCAAAAAAAGUCUGAUUUUACAUAUGAAGGUAACUCAAUUCAACUGUCACCCAAAUCAAAUGAGACUAAGUUUGAUUCUAAGUGUAAGGAAGAUGAAUUAACCUAUUUAGACUUACUGUCCCACGAAUCAAAUGAGUUUUCAAGUUCGUAUUCUGAUGAUAAUUUGGGAACCUCAGAUAGGACUGAUAAUUUGACUGAACUGUCUGAAGAAAUUAAAUUUUUGCAGAAUAAUGACAAACCCGUUGAGAACAAAAUUAAAAUUGAAUCCGAAUCAAAUGAGACAAAGAUUGAUUCUAAGUGUGAGGAAGACAGAUUAACCUAUUUAGACUUACUGUCCCACGAAUCAAAUGAGUUUUCAAGUUCGAAUUCUGAUGAUAAUUUAGGAACCUCUGAUAAGACUCAUAAUUUGACUGAACUGUCUGAAAAAAUUAAAUUUUUGCAGAAUAAGGACAAACCCGUUGAGAACAAAAAUGAAAUUGAAUCCGAAUCAAAUGAGACAAAGUUCGAUUCUAAGUGUGAGGAAGAUGAAUUAACCUAUUCAGACUUAUUGUCCCACGAAUCAAAUGAGAUUUCCAGUUCAUAUCCUGAUGAUAAUUUAGGAACCUCUGAUAGGACUCAUAAUUUGACUGAACCGUCUGAAAAAAUUAAAUUUUUGCAGAAUAAUGACAAACCCUUGGAGAACAAAAAUAAAAUUGAAAACACAGUUACUUCGGAUUUUGAUUCUUUAAGAGAUACAAAGUUUGAAAUUGGAUGGAGUGACUCAGCAGACAAUGAUUUUUUUAAUGUACACAAUCAACCUGGAGUUCAAGAAAAAAAAUUUGAAAAAAAUGCCCACUCCUGUGAGUUUACCGAUUCUAAUCAUUUCAUUGAAAGUGUCACUGACAAUGAGAACAAUCAGCCUUCACAAAAUGAUGAACUGAAAAUAACUAUUCAUGAAAAUAUUGAGUACGAGAAAAUGUUUGAUUCAGGUUAUGAGGAGGACCUUUGUUUAAAUGUAUUGUUCGAUACAUCGAAUGAGAAUUCAUGUUCUGACGAUAAAUCUGAAACCUCAGAAAAUGCUUAUGACUUCACUGAGCUAUACGAUGAAACUGAUUACACUCAUCCUGCAGUUCAAGAAAAAACUGUGCCCAUCCACAAAUUUGCUAAAAAAACUGGUUCAAAUGAUAUUGUUGAUAGCGUCAAUCAGAUCAAUAGAAUUAACAGGCUUCUACAUUAUGAUAAACAGACAGAGACUGAAAAUGUUGAGAACAGUAUAGUUGAUUCUGGACAUGAAGAUUUCACCUGUUUGUCUCAUAAAUCAAAUGAAAAUUUAAGCUCUUUUUAUGACGAUGAUCGUACAUUCAAUAUAUCAUAUCAUCAAGAGAAAAAGUCAAAUCAUUCUACUACAGAUUCAAUUAAUUGUGGUAAGUUCAAAAAAGAAUUUUUCAAAAACAUGGAAAUGGGUUUAAUUUCAGGCGAAAAAGGAGUUGAUGAGUAUGACAGUGAAGCCGAAAUCAGAAUGUUUGUCAAAGAACGAAGUUUAAAUGUAAUUGAAAAUAAAGCUGUGACUAAACAAGCACAGCUGAUAGAUGACAAUUACUCAUUCUUGUCAGCUGAAGAAUCACCUGCUGUUGAAAAUGCUUUAGAGCCGUCAUUUAAUGAGAAUCAUUUUCAGAAUGAAGAGCUGGAAAUUUCUGAUGAUAGUACUACUUUACUAGGAAUCGAUAGAAAAUAUAAUACUUCUGAAAUUCAUGUAAUUCCAGAAUUGAGCAGAAAACAGAAUGAAUUUUCUGAUGAUAGUACUACUUUACUAGCAAUCGAUAGAAAAAAUAAUAUUUCUGAAAUUCAUGUAAUUCCGGAAUUGAGCAGAAAACAAAAAGAAUUUUCUGUUGAUAGUACUACUUUACUAGGAAUAGAUAAAAAAAAUAAUAUUUCUGAAAUUCACGUAAUUCCAGAAUUGAGCAAAAAACAGAAUGAAUUUUCUGAUGGUGAUGACAAGGUUUUUUUAAACGAUCUAGUCAAUGUUGCUGAAGCAAAGAGUUUGGUACCUAAAACAUAUCCAAGCAAGUGCAUUUCAACUGAUAGCAUUUUAAAAACUGAUUCUAACAAGACAGAAAACGGAGACAACGCACCAAGAUAUUCAAGCGUUGGCUAUCCUUUGCAGACUAUAAGAGCUGAAGUGACGCUUUUAACAUCUCAUUCUUGCCUGGCUCAAACACGUAUUGAAUCCCGAUUGCAAAUCAUAUACUUCGUCCAAUCUGUGUUUUUUUGUGAGGAACAUGAAUCUUGUUUAGAUUGUUUCAGAUGUUUAGCUGUGGGUGACAAAGUAUCUUGUUAUAUCUCCCUGUCAGAAAUCCCACACAAAAUAUGGAUUGCCUUUAUGGUUUCCAAAGAGGGUGAGCAUGUAUGCUAUGCAAAUGAGGAUUCACUAAAGACAAUGAGCUUUGACCUGAUAAACAAUCAGGAUAAAUCAUUCAACUUGUCAAAAGAAUGCAUUGGAAUGGAUGAUCGUAAUUCCAGAUCAUCUACUUCAAUGCCAGAAAAGGAUGAAAUUUGCAAUUUACUAGAAACUGCAUCAGUUCAGAGUGAGACACUUUGUCUAAAUGCUUCAAAUUUGCAGUUGAGUGCUAUGCAACAAUUUAGUGCUUUUAAAGAACUCAACAAUUGCCUUAUUAAUGGUAUAGUAUUUGAAAAAGUUACCGAUACAAGAGAAUGUAGCUGUCAAACAGAAGCAGUGGAGAACAGAUGUCGACAGAGCAAUCCAAUAACUUGCCAAACGAAUGACAUUUCUUUAACUAGAGCUGAAAUUAUGUGCCAAACUGAUUUUAGCAGUGAUAUAAAAACAAUUAAAAAUACAACCAACACAUAUUCCCAAACUGUUUCAACAGGAGAAAUAAUGAUUAUGGAAUAUUAUCAUCUCUAAUUAAAUAUUUACUGAAACUUUUAAAUGUUAAAAUAUUUUAACUCUGGAUGAUUAAAUGAGUGUAAAUGAUAUUAAGUCAUAGCUGCCAACUGUUCAGAAUUUUUCGGAUGUGUUCCUAAUUUUUAAAUCAAAUCUGAUAUUUUUAUAAAAAAUCCGAAUUUUUGUAAAAUUGCUGUAUUUUUGCUUUUAAACCAAUCCCUUGUUCUGAUUGUCGCAAGCGCGCUUCCUAUGAUUGUUGUGCAGAAGUCAUUUUUAGUAGCUUUUUAUUGGAAAAUACUAUUCCAACAGCUGUUGAUCAUUUCACUAAAUUGAAUCUUAAACAACUAUUAUUAUUUUUUUAAAAAUGUGUUGUAGUAUUUAAACACUUGCAUCUGAAACAUAUGUUUACGAUGUAGUUUAAUAUUUACCUGUGUUUUAAUAAUUUGGAGAAGAAUAAUUAUGUAUUAAUAGGUAUUGGUUGUUUUUUAAACUAUUAUACCGGUAUUCCUAAUUAUAAAAUAUUAAUAUUAUAAAUUUCCCACAAAAGAUAGUGUUUCUAAUUUUGUUUGACUAAUUUACAUAAGGUAUUUAAAUAUAUGUCAAUUAAUGUUAUUAUUCUAUAGUUAAAUUUUUAUCUUAUUCUUAUUAUCGUAAUUGGUGCAUAUAAUUUUGUCGCACAUAGUGUUCCUAAUUUUUUAUUCCUAAGGUUGGCAGCUAUGGUUAAGUUAGCUAUCACAUAAUAAAAACUUCCUGUGUAUCCAUUGGACAAAAAAGUAUAGACAAGAAGUUUUAUUUUUGAGAUUUGGAUUUACUCAUUAUUAACAUUUAACAGUGUAUAUUUAAUGAGGUAGUAAAAACCCAAUAAAUAGUUGCAUCAGUUUGAUUGCUAUCA